UGCUUCUUUCAGUUCUAGAGUCCGGAUGUCUGCAUCGUUUGGGCGUAUAAAUGGCAAAGCUUGACACGGGGAAUUCCAUCACACACAUGGCGGCCUCACUAGGACUCGGCCAUGAGACGUACUCCUACCCGCCGGCCGCCUCCUUGUGCUUCCCACCCGACCUCGUGGCGGACAGCGGUGCCGUGAAGAACUUCCCGCCGGCCGCCGCCAUGGCUGACAACUACUUCCCGGAGCUCGGUGCUCACCAUGCUGAUUACUACUCGCCGCCGCCGGUGUUCGGCGGCGGCGCUGCCGGGAACGAGUUGAACAGGAGGUAUGUGGAUGAUGACGGGAGUAGAAUGAGCAGAGCAGCUGGGAACGACCGGCCGUUGUCGCGGAUUGGGUUCCGGACGAGGUCGGAGGUGGACGUCUUGGACGACGGCUUCAAGUGGCGCAAGUACGGCAAGAAGGCGGUCAAGAGCAGCCCGAACCCGAGGAACUACUACCGGUGCUCGGCGGAGGGGUGCGGGGUGAAGAAGCGCGUGGAGAGGGACUGCGACGACCCGCGCUACGUCGUCACCACCUACGACGGCGUCCACAACCACGCCGCACCAGGGUGCGCUGGCGCCUACCCGGCGACUUUGACGGCCGCGCCUCCCGGCCUUGCCGCAGCCGCCCCUUCUGACGUGUGGGGGAUGCAGCUACAUGCGGCGGCGGCUCACUCCUCGGAGUCGUCCUACUGAGUUACCCAUCACUGUAAAAUAUGUUCAGAAACUUAAAGAUCGAGAUCGAUCGAUCUUUUUUUUCGGUUGUAGGUGGGAGAUUUUAUAAUAUAAUAUUAAAUUUACAUGUGAUUUG